AUCUGGUUGGUUCCGAAAUGCAAAACAUUUCUGUCUCCUCCUCCUCCUCCACCUCCUCCUCCGUUUCCUCCAUUGACACGGGCAUCUGCCCUACUGGUUGAUAUAACGGAAUAUCUCAGAGGACCAAAGGGUGAAAAGGGCUGCACAGGACCAAAGGGUCAGAUGGGUCGACCCGGUCAAAAGGGAGAAGAGGGAACCCAUGGUUCCCCUGGUGUGAUAGGACCCAUAGGCCAAAAGGGAGAGAAGGGGGACAGAGGCUGGCGUGGUUUAUUCGGUGACAUUGGCAGACCUGGAACACAUGAGGGUUCUCAAGGACGCACUGGUUCAAAAGGCGAGAAGGGACUGAAAGGUGACCCGGGACAAAAAGGUGGAAAGGGUUCCACUGGAAAGCCUGGUCUCCAUGGACAGAAGGGGGACCGAGGACUAAACGGAUACACUGGAUUACGAGGACUGGAUGGACCUUGGGGAACUCCCGGGCAUAGAGGGACAAUGGGAAUAAAAGGUCAUCGUGGACCGCAUGGGUUAACUGGAUAUCAUGGAGUUGUGGGCAAACAGGGCACAACAGGAAAAACUGGUGCUCCAGGGGAAGUAUAUGUUUUUCAAGGACACAGAGGGGAGAAAGGCCAUAAAGGACCUUCUGUCUUUUGUAAUUGUUCUUCAGCAAAUUCCUUCAAGCCAAUACCUGGCACAGGGACAUAUAAUGCUGAUAAGGCAGUAUCUAUUUACAUUGUGAAUGGUGAGAGCGAGAUGUCGGAGUUAAGAUCUGAAAAUGUUAUGGUCCUGAGGAGAGAUACUCGCAUGCUGUUCGUCUACAGUGGCUCUGAAUGGAUUGAUGUUAUGGCUCAGAACAAACAUCCCACUGCAUCUGCUCUGUGACUACCCUCCUGCAAGAAGCACCCCCAUGUAGUAUGUGGUUCUGUCUUUGAGUUGUUGUCUAUUCAUGUUCUGUAAUAUGUCAUGUUUCAUGUUUUGUGUGGACCCCAGGAAGGGUAGCUGCUGCUUUUGCAAUGGGGAUCCCAAUAAAACACCAACAAAUACUCAAAACAAAUGAAGAAGCCCCUACCGUCCAUUUUAAAUAAAAAUGUCAUAUGGCAUGUCUGUCACUAUAGGCUACUGUGUAAUAAAAUUAAAUAAAAUUCACAUCCUAAUUUUUAUUAUGUCUGUCUGACUCAGUGCACUGAAU